CAUCUCGGUCCGCCCGCAGCAGUCUCCUUCCCGGUGAGGGCUUUUUUUUUUUUUUUUUUUUUUUUUUUUACUACUACAGAGAUGGCUGCGAAAGUGUGCAGAUCGGUCCUCCUGUUGUCCCGGAGCAGCGGAGCGGCGGCCGGCAGCCUCCCCGCACUUGUCGCGUCUUCGCAACGGCACCAGCAGCACAUAAGACCGGAGGUGCUGCCCGCUACUUUCAUCCAUCAGACUGUCAGGAGAGCUCAUGGCCUACGGUCAGCAGCCCACUCCACGCUCUUCACCCAGACUGCUACUGCCCUGUCUCCACAGGUUUGGAAGGGCGCCCCCUCAUGGCAUGGCCAGAGACUGUUGUGUUCCACCACUGCUCCAAAAGAGGUGACGGUGGUGUACCAGAACGGUCUGCCUGUGAUUUCAGUCAGUUUGCCGUCCAGGCGAGAGCGUUGUCAGUUCACCCUCAAACCUCUCAGCGACUGUGUGGGAGUUUUCCUGCAGCAGCUCCAGGCAGAGGACAGAGGCAUCGACCGUGUAGCCAUCUACUCCAUGGAUGGCGCGAGGAUCGCUUCCUCCACGGGCAUAGACAUCCUGCUGCUGGAUGAUUUUAAGCUCGUCAUCAACGACGCCACACAUAUCGUGCGACCACCAAGGAGAGAGAUCCUGCCCCAUGAGGAGGGCGAGAGGCUAAACGACGUCAAAUUUCUUGUGCAGCAGCUCUACACCACGCUGCGCAUCGAGGAGCACCAGCUCAGCAAAGAACGGGAGCUGAUUGGACGACUGGAGGACCUCAACUCUCAGCUCCGCCCCCUGGAGAAGGUGAGAGAGGAGCUCGGUAAGAAGGCGGAGCGUCGUACCACCUGGGUCCUCUGGGGCGGCAUGGCAUACAUGGCGACGCAGUUUGGGAUCCUGGCCAGGUUGACUUGGUGGGAAUACUCCUGGGACAUCAUGGAGCCGGUCACCUACUUCAUCACCUACGGCACUGCGAUGGCCAUGUACGCCUACUUCGUGCUUACACGUCAGGAGUAUGUUUAUCCUGACGCUAGAGAUAGACAGUAUCUGCUGUUCUUCCACAAGGGGGUGAAGAGGACACGCUUCGACAUUGAGAAGUACAACAAGCUGAAGGAUGAUAUCGCUGAAGUGGAACUGGACCUGAAACGCCUACGGGAUCCGCUCCAGCUUCAGCUCCCGAUUCAGCAGCUGCCCGCUGACAAAAAUUGAUGGCAAGCGUGACUCCUAUCCUCUUUGAUCUCCUACAACCAACCUUCUUUCUUCCCCCUCCCCUCUGCUGUCUGAUACCCCCCAGUAUCCCCCUCUCCUCCCAUACCGAUUAUUCCGUCCCUUUCUUAACUGUGGAAGGUUUCCUUGUUUUCCUUUCCUGGCUAAAAUCUCUUGGUGGAAUUCGAGAAUGCCUCAAACUGAAAACGUCUCACAGCUGAAGGAUGAAGAGGAAGAUGACGACGAUGAUAUUAAAAGCUAAUUGGAUUAGCCUCAAAACUCUGGAGGGGCGACCUGCAGGUUAACCACAGGGAUGAAUGUGAAUUCUCUUGCUUGUCAGCACUCAAAGACAGGGAAAGUGCAGAGGAGCAGCCUUUGCUGAGUCCGCGUGUGUGUGUGUGUGUGUGUGUGUUGAAGAGGGAUCACCAAACUUAGCUGUGCCAAAGGACCACACAGCAGCUUCCUCUAACCAUAAACACACACACUCUUCCUCCCGGCCUAUGAAGGCUCCAGGAACAAGUUUACAGGAAGUUCUGACUGCAGCUUCACCAUCACGGAGACUCCGGUUUCCCUGCGUCCGAACUCUGCUGCCUCCCCUUCCUCCCCGUGCCUCCUCCAGGUGACGGGCAGCUUUCCUUCCCUGCGCGACCUUCGUCAGGAGCAUCUAUAUCUCUGCAGGAUGCAGGAACGCCCCGUUUUCUCUUCCUGUUGAUGUCCUGUAGCGGCCUGGCAUCCGCAAGUCAGAGAGUCCUACCGACAACAACAUCACUGUGUGUUCUUUUAUUCCAGAAAAAAUAGUAUUUUGGCACUUUUUAUUUUGAAAGCCAUAGUAUAUUUGUUAUGAAAAAAUAAGGGUAUAUAUGUAUACAAUCAAAAACAGAUGACCAGAGGCUAUUUUUUUCUUUGUUUUCCAGUGGGGGGAGGAACUCUCCUACAAACAUUUCAUCAUUUAAAAAAAAAACCUCAUCUUCACCCCUUAAAAGGACGCUAACACAACAGCAUUACACUGUAUUCAAGAAAUACUUUGUACUAGUAGCUUUGUACGUUUUCAUGAUGCGCACAAUAUAUACGUGGCAUUCAUUCUAAAGAAAAAAGCUUCCGUGCAUGGCCACUGAGAGGGAGGAAGCAACUCUGAAGCCAGAUCAGGGUGUAAAAUGGCUUUAAUUAGAAGAGAAAUUUAUUUUUUCAGCAAUGUCAAUAAUACCAUGCUUUACCUCUUUAACCAAACAUUGCUGCAGACAGUUGUUGUGAAAAAUUCCCAAUAAAGUAAUUUUUUUCCCUCUUUAUUGGAUUGAAACCUAAUUUGAUUUGUGCAAAAGAAAAUGCAAAUUUCAUCCUAAGAUCAUAAGACAUAAAGGCAGAGUUUUCUCCUCUCACUGCUGCUAUAAUGCCCCCUGCCCCCACUCUCUCAAUGACAUGGCAGGGUAGACUGCAUGCUGUGGUAUGGCCUCAAUAGAAACCCGUGAACGUGUAGGAGCAUUAUAGCAAUUCUGUACUUAAUUGGGCACUUUUUUUAAGCAUCCUUUUGACAUCCCAUCUACAUCCCUAUGACGUUUUACAACACAUCGUUAAGUCAAACCAUAUCUUUGUUUCUCUCUCUACGCAUGGGUCCGUAUGAGAUUGUCAUGGUAGGAAAAUGUUUGGCUAAAAAUACUGUAGCUUCAAUGUAUUUAGACAAAAAAUUUAAAACAAAAAUGUAUGACAUAACCUGAUCACUUUUGAUUUAAAACUGAAAAGAAUUAUUCCUACGGGAACUGGCCCAUGCCUAAUUAGUUUUUGGGGAUGUUUACUCCAUGAACCUGUCAGAUUUGUAGAGUUUUCUGUUCAGGGUACGGGUUGUUGGCCCCAGUAGGGGUGUUGGGUGUUUCGCUCUCUUUGCCAUUCUGUACCUUCAUACUCUUUGUUGUUUCGACAUUUCUUUCCCCGCUUCAACAUCUGAGAAUUAAUACUAAUUUUCUAUAAUCUGCUCAUAUUCUUUUAUAAGAAAACCUGGUUGUAUGUCUCCAAUAAAUAAAACCUACCAGCAGGUAGCCGUUCAGAGUUGUUUUGGUUUGAUCAGGAGUUAUAAUCUGUCAUAUUUCAAGUCAACUGGUCCAAACAGAGAUCAGAACCAAAUAAAUGGAAAUGGGGUGUAAUUAAAAGUCUUCAGGUCAUUUAUCUCUAUAAUUCAUGUAAAUACUUUGUAAGGUGAUGGAAUUUGUUUGAGUGUGAAAUGGAAGAAAGGAAGGAAGAGAUUGCUUGGGUAACUCUUCAGUAUGAAUAUUGGGUACAAAUUGGGGAAAAUGCAAAUUUAGCCACCUAGUUUUUUUUUUUCCCCCCCGAAUACAAAUUCCCAAAGCCAGUUGUUUUUUGACACCAAGCUGCUGUUGCCCACUUUGUGCAGCGAGAAGGCAGAACCCUCAACAUCCUCCUGCAUGGAGGUCUAGAUCAUCCUGAGCUUCAGUCCGGCUGGGGAGCAGAUUUUUCAUAUCAAAGUGCAUGCUGCGGGCUAAUUAGCGGUGCGGAUCUAAAGGCAGGAUUGAGCCUAAUCUGGUGCAUUGUGUGUGUUUGUGUGUGUUAUUGUUAAGAGGAAUUGUGCCUUUUGGAUAGUAAAUGACCUAAUCCUUGUUGAGGGCUCAGAGAUACAUGAGCAGCAGUGGUAGGAUGAUGCAAAACGUCAGAGAAAGGCAAUUUCAUACAGAAAGGGUUCGUUUGGGAUAAUUGGAAGUGGAAAAUGUUUCAGUGUUGAAAUGAUGGAAGAUGUGGGUUUGGGAAGGAUAAGUUUUCUGCAUCCAUAAUUCCUAUGCUCCCAUUGGCUGCUUGUCAAUACAAGUAAAAGUUAAUUAAUGUCUCCUGAUUAUAUGUGCUUAUACACACAACACACACACAUAUCCUGUAAAAGUUGGCCGUUUGUGGUCUGGUUCCUCCCCUCUGCUAUCUCUGUCUGUCAUCCCUUUCUCCUUUUUUUUAAAUCAUACCAUCCACCGUUUACUGCCUUUUCUUUGUCUUUAUCUUUUCUAAACAAACUAUAUCAAUUAUAGGGAAACUUAUGCUAAAGAGGGUGUUGCAUGAAUGUAUGUUUACAUGGAAACUUAUGUAAAAAAAAAAAAAAAACGAUUUAUUCAAAUACGUGCAAAGAUAAUUUAAGGAACGUUGUUUGUAGAGAUUGCUAGUUAUAAAAAGGGGCCGCAGGCAGGACUGGGUCUUUAAAAACCAGCCUGCCAGACAUCAUCGAAGUCCGAGCCAACCAACUGCUUAAUGCUAGUCCUAUUUUUAUUUUAUUUAUUCCCAGUAUUCUGGUCCUGACUGUGUAUCCUAGUUCUCCAAUAAGUGGAAAAUCCCAACAACGAAGGCCUGAGAGCCUUUGCUUUAAAGGACACAGGUUAUUGCGUUAAUCUCAUCUGGGAAAACCAUCUUUUUUUUUCAGCCAUCCUCACCUUUUUUCUCCAAUGUCUCAUUAUUAUUCGACAUUUUUACUGUGUGUUAAGCUUUAAAUUUUUCAUUUGAUCACUUUUGUUAGGACAUGUUUCAGAAGCUCAAAGUUGAAGCAGAACAUAGGAUUGAAUGGAUCAUGUACUUCAUUCUGACCUGUUUUACUCUGUUGGUUUUGUUUUCUUCGGUUGACAUGAUGCUGUAAUGUUGGCAAAACAAACAAAACAAAAAAAGAAAAUGUAAAAUCCUGUAUCAUUUAUGAAAUAUGUAUAAAAGAAAAUGUAAUUCAAUUAUCAAUAAAAUCCCUUUCCAGUUUUUGGA